CUCAUCGUCCGUGAGGUUAACGCAAAAGUAAAUGAGGAGAUCAGAGCUCGAAGGUGAAACAUUUACAUUAUAUUAUUUAAUGUGUAUCGCUGCGCUGCAGCCGCUCGCAGGAGGAGGGGGCGAAAGACUGAGGGCGGGAGGAGCGACGGGAAGCUGCGAAGAGAAGGAGGGAAAGAGAGAGAAAGAGAGAGAAAAAGAGGGAGAGAAUUCAGGAGCGAAAGGUGGCGGUGCGCUCGGGAACGGAGAUUUACAGCAAGCCGGUGACCAGGAGUGUCUGCGCCUUGAAGGAGCUGCAGAGCUAUAAUAAUAAUAAUAAUAAUAAUAAUAAUAAUAAUAAUAAUAAUAAUAGAGUGUUCGGUGGAUGCGCUGCACCGCACUCUUUCUUCCCACUUCACCUGCGAUCACAUGAAUCCCAGAGAGAUCAUCAUCAUCCAGGAGCAGAUCGUGACGAAGCAGCAGAGAUGGACUGGAGCUCCGCGUGGAGAACAUGGGCAGCGUCCUUCUUACUUCUUCUCCUGGUGGCGGCCGUACGGGCAGCAGCCGAUCCCAUUGAUGUUCUGAAGAUCCUGGAACUCUCGGAGGACAUGGAGGGCGUGUCCAUAGAGGCUGGAUUUUGCACUAGCCGGGAGGACAGGGGAGACACGGACAUCGCCUUCAGGAUAGACAAGAAGAUCCAGCUGAGCGCACCAACAAAGCAGCUCUUUCCCGACUCCACCUUCCCGGAGGACUUCUCCUUGAUGACGACCGUGCGGGCAACGAAGGGCUCCCAGUUCUUCCUGCUGUCCGUGUAUGACGAUCAGGGGGUGCAGCAGCUAGGCCUGGAGGUGGGUCGCUCUCCUGUGCUGUUGUACGAGGACCACCGGGGGCUGCCCACACCUGAGCUCUACCCCACCUUCAGGAAGAUCAACCUGGCUGAUGGCAAGUGGCACAGGAUAGCCUACAGUGUGCAGGGCAAGACUGUCACGCUCUACUUGGACUGCGAGAAGAUGCAAACGCUGGACCUAUUACGAGGGGACAACCCUGUGGUCAGCACAGAUGGGGUCACUGUGUUUGGGACACGUCUCUUGGAUGAGGAGGUGUUUGAGGGUGACAUCCAGCAACUGCUGAUCGUUGAAGACCCUGAGGUGGCAGCUGACUACUGCCUCAACUACAUUCCCAACUGUGACUCCCCACUGCCUUACAGCAGCCAGUCUCAGGAGCCUGAUGAGGCCCACCGUCCCAAAGAGCCAGAGGUGGAGGAGUUCGGCGAGGAGUUCUACAGAGACCUGUAUGAUGAUGUCUCCGUUUCCAUGGUAACAGCGGGACCUAACAUCACAGAGUACGAGAUGGUGGAGUAUGCAGACUACGGCAACGGGACGGAUGGUGAACGGGGUUACGAGGAGUACGAAGAGUACGAGGAGUACGAGGAACGCUACAGGCUGGUGGACAGAGAGGGAGGAAGGAGCUUGACACCAGAGAAAGGCCAGAAGGGAGAACCUGCUGUCUUUGAGCCGGGCAGUCUGGUCCGAGGACCCUACGGCCCCCCCGGACCACAGGGACCUCACGGUCCUCCUGGCCCAAUGGGACCAAUGGGACCCCCGGGAAACCCUGGCGAUCCGGGGCCUCCUGGGAGACCAGGUCUUGCUGGGGCUGAUGGUAUCCCAGGCCCUCCAGGAACCUUGCUGAUGUUGCCGUUCCAGUAUGGGGGCGAUGCACAGAAAGGUCCUGUUGUGUCUGUCCAAGAGGCUCAGGCUCAGGCCAUCCUUCAGCAGACCAAGUUGUCACUGAAAGGACCACCAGGUCCCCUGGGUCUGACUGGCCGCCCUGGUCCACUGGGGCUCCCCGGUCCAUCAGGCCUGAAAGGAGACAGUGGUGACUCUGGACCACCGGGUCCUAGAGGGGUACCUGGGCCCGUGGGCCUAAGCGGGAAGCUUGGGAAAAGGGGACGCGCAGGAGCAGAUGGACACCGCGGAGCAACAGGGGAGCCUGGGGCAAAGGGGGACAGAGGGUUUGACGGCCUGCCAGGAUUACCAGGGAGCAAGGGCCACAGGGGGGAGAGAGGGAAGCCUGGUCCACUGGGCCCUGUGGGAGAACCAGGUGACAAAGGUUCAGAUGGACCUCCCGGACCACGAGGACAGCCAGGGGAACCUGGCCCUCGUGGACUGGUUGGACCACGCGGAGCCCCAGGACCUCCUGGCCAACCGGGCAUCCGAGGUGUGGACGGCCUUCAGGGGUCGAAGGGCAACCUGGGACCCCCAGGGGAGCCGGGACCUCCCGGCCAACAGGGAAACCCAGGAUAUCAGGGCCUGCCUGGUCCCCAGGGCCUCAUCGGGAUGCCAGGAGAGAAGGGUCCUCCAGGAAAGCAGGGGAUGCGAGGAUUGCCAGGCAUUGACGGCCCCCUGGGACAUCCAGGUAGGGAGGGCCCUGCAGGUGAGAAGGGAAUGCCGGGUCCUCCUGGAGCACAGGGCCCCAUCGGGUAUCCCGGAUCCCGGGGUGUCAAGGGAGCAGACGGACUAAGGGGCCUAAAGGGAAGCAAAGGAGAGAAGGGUGAAGAUGGAUUCCCGGGAGUCAAAGGAGAGAUGGGCACCAAAGGGGACAAUGGGGAUGAUGGUGUUCUAGGGCCACGCGGCGAAGAUGGACCAGAGGGGCCCAAGGGCCAAGCAGGGUCUAUGGGAGAGCCUGGGCCUGCAGGAAUCGCUGGGGAGAAGGGCAACCUCGGAGUGCCAGGCUUACCAGGAUACCCGGGAAGACAGGGACCAAAGGGCUCACUGGGCUUCUCAGGAUCACCCGGGGUACCUGGAGAGAAAGGAAAACGGGGCCCAGCUGGUCCACCUGGAAGUGCUGGCCAGAGAGGACCGACAGGCUCUCGGGGAAGCAGGGGAGCAAGAGGUCCCACAGGAAAACCUGGAGCCAAGGGAGUUUCGGGAAACGAUGGACCCCCGGGACCCACCGGAGAGAGGGGACCUCAGGGGCCGCAGGGACAGAAUGGAGAGCCAGGACCCAAAGGACCCAAUGGCCCUGCAGGGAAAGACGGACUUCCCGGGCAUCCAGGCCAGCGGGGGGAGCCCGGUUUUCAAGGGAAAACUGGGCCACCUGGGCCAGCGGGAGUAGUGGGACCCCAGGGUAAAUCGGGAGAAACUGGGCCCAUGGGUGAGCGAGGACACCCAGGGUCACCCGGUGUACCUGGAGAGCAGGGCUUACCUGGAGCUGCUGGCAAAGAAGGUGCCAAGGGUGACCCAGGAGCCCCAGGGGGAGCUGGGAAGAGUGGCCCUCCUGGACCGCGUGGAUUCCGUGGCAGCAGAGGCAGCCCUGGAGCCAUGGGACCUGCUGGACUGAAGGGAGGCCAGGGGCCUCCAGGUUCCGCAGGAGCCGUUGGAGCCCCUGGCGAGAGAGGACCCCCAGGAGUGGCUGGCGCAAUCGGUUCACCUGGCCGCCCAGGGAGCAGCGGGCCACCCGGGCCCAUGGGAGACAAGGGUGAGCCGGGAGAGAAGGGCCCCCCAGGACCUGUAGGACACGAUGGAGACCAGGGGCACCUGGGCCCUCCUGGGCCUACAGGACCAGCAGGUCCCCCGGGAGAGGAUGGAGAUAAGGGGGAAACAGGAGGACCAGGACAGAAGGGCAGCAAGGGGGACAAAGGAGAAGUGGGACCCCCAGGACCCCCCGGAAACCAGGGUCCCCCCGGACAGCCCGGAGUGCCGGGCGUAGGCGGAGAACCAGGCCCCCGCGGGCAGCAGGGCAUGUAUGGCCAGAAAGGUGAUGAAGGUCCGCGUGGUUUUAAGGGCGCUGCGGGCCCCACGGGACUGCAGGGGAUGCCGGGACCUCCGGGAGAGAAGGGUGAAACUGGACAUGCGGGAUUGAUGGGCCCCCCAGGACAGCUUGGUCCGAGAGGCCCCCAAGGGCCCAGUGGUGGAGAGGGCCCCCAGGGAAGGCCUGGUGGUGUUGGGCAGCCAGGACUUGUUGGCGACAAGGGAGAGGAUGGAGAAGCAGGGAACCCUGGACCAGUGGGGCCACCAGGGCGUGGUGGAGAGAAAGGGGAGCCUGGAGAGAAGGGUGACACUGGACCUCCUGGAGCUGCUGGACCCCCAGGGGCAAAGGGCCCCCCUGGAGAGGACGGCGCCAAAGGCAGCCAGGGCCCCAUUGGCUUGCCAGGAGACCCUGGACCACCAGGAGAGCCUGGGAUCAAUGGAGUGGAUGGUGUGCCAGGAGACAAGGGAGAUGCCGGGGAUCCUGGGAAAGCGGGACCAGCAGGGGCCUCAGGUGAGCCCGGGCCCCCGGGACCCCCGGGAAGAACAGGGCGCUUGGGACCGGCGGGGAAAGAAGGGAAACCAGGAACAAAGGGAGCAAAGGGGGCACCAGGACUUGAGGGACUGGUGGGGAAGACAGGACCCAUGGGGCCACAGGGACACCCUGGCAAUGCGGGGCCCCAAGGCCUUCCCGGGAUUCCGGGCCCUGCGGGAGAGCAGGGCUUAAGUGGACCUCCAGGACAGAUGGGACCUCCUGGCCCCAUGGGCCCCCCAGGAUUGCCAGGCCUGAGAGGAGAUCCGGGCAGGAAGGGAGACAAGGGCCACGCUGGGCUCAUUGGACUCAUUGGGCCCCCGGGGGAGACAGGAGAAAAGGGGGACAGAGGACUUCCUGGGAACCAAGGGACUCAGGGCCUCAAAGGAGAUGAGGGUCUCCCCGGCCCCAGCGGCCCCAGCGGUCCCCCUGGACUGCCAGGUCUUUCUGGGACCAUAGGACAGAAGGGGUCAAAGGGCAACCAGGGCCCCAUCGGUCCCAGAGGAGACCCAGGAGCUGCUGGACCCCCAGGACCCCCUGGACCACCAGCGUCUGCGCCAAUGCCAUCCCUGCUGCCAGAGGGUCGCAGGAAGAGGCGGAGACCCUCGGAACAGGUGGACGGAGAGGGAGGAGACGCGCCGCUGGGAGACGAAGCCUUCGGCGACGGUGCCGCCAUGGAGGAGGUCUUUGCUUCGCUCACAUCCAUGAAGGUGGAGGUGGAGAGCAUGAGGAGGCCGCUGGGCACGUAUGAGAGCCCCGGCCGCACGUGCAAGGAGCUCAUGAUGUGCCACCCGGACUACAGAGAUGGCGAAUACUGGAUCGACCCGAACCAGGGGUGUCACCGAGACGCCUUCAAGGUGUUCUGUAACUUCACGUCGGACGGCGACACCUGUUUAUUCCCGGACAAGAAGAGCGAAGCGGUGAAACUGGCGGCGUGGAGCAGGGAGAAGCCGGGCGCGUGGUACAGCCACUUCCGCAAAGGCAGACAGCUCUCCUACAUAGACCUGGAUGGAAACCCGGUCCACGUGGUCCAGCUGACCUUCCUGAAACUGCUGAGCGCCACAGCCAAGCAGACGUUCACCUACUCGUGCCAGAACUCGGCCGGCUGGUUCGACAGCGCCACCCGAAGCUACGAGCGCGCGCUACGCUUCAGGGGCACCAACCAGGAGGAGCUCUCGCAGGGCGCCACAGCCUCCAUCAGGGUGCUGCACGACGGCUGCCAGUUUCGCAAGGGCUUGGAGCAAACCGUUCUGCAGAUCGACGCCCCGCGCGCCGACAUCCUCCCCAUCGUCGACGUGUCCGUCGCGGACUUCGGAAACAACAACCAGAAGUUUGGCUUCCAGGUCGGCCCGGUGUGUUUCAACGGGUAGCGUCCGCACCUAGAGCCGAGAGAGCAGCGACAUUUACGUUUCUUAUGCCAAUGUGCGGUGGCUUCGUUGUGUGUGUGCGCUUCUCUGACCGUGACAGUUUCCCCCCCAACCCGAGUGUGAGAUCGCACAACGUCCUUCCUGAGAUGACCACGGUUUUGGCACAACACCAGCCAGGACCAAAGG